AUGACCACAGCACACAGGCCGACCUUCGAUCCGGCAAAGGGAGAUGCCGCACAAGCUCCAACCCGUCUUUAUUCGUCACAAUCACUUCCGGCGCAUCGUGUGCUCAAGUACAGACAAGCGGGGCAAGGUACAGAAGCGGAAGCCCAUGCCGCGCAAGAGCAAAUGCGUAAUGAGCUGCUAGCCAAAGAGGCAGAACACUAUGACAAAACACGACCUGUGAAGAAACGUCCCGUAGAGGAGAAUUUGGCUGUUGAAGCACCACCAAAGCUGAUUGGCAUGGGCAGUGCUGUGGAAGAAGAGACGCAGGAGGAGAAGCGGCGGCGGAUUUGGGAAGAGACGAAAGAUAUGGAUGCAGAUGACUCGGAUGCAGCAGAUGAGGCGGGUCAAGGUAGUGAAUCGGAAGAAGAGUCUGAUGAUGAAGACGAGACGGCCGAGUUGAUGCGCGAACUUGCAAAGAUCAAAGCUGAACGUGCAGCAGAACAGGCACGCAAGGCUCAAGAGGCUGAAGCAGAUGAUCAAGCACAGCGAGAGGAAGCCAUUGCGUUUGGUAACCCACUCUUGAACCCAGAAGCAGGCGAUGCAUUUGCUGUGAAGCGUCGUUGGGAUGAAGACGUUGUCUUUCGUGUUAAGGAGAAGGAUGAGAGCGGCAAGAAGGACUUUGUCAAUGAUAUGCUUCGCAGCGACUUUCAUCGCUCAUUCAUGAAGAAGUAUGUGCGCUAG